UUAAACGGAGGUUCCCUCUGACAUUUCCGGCCUGCUUCUGCUUCUGUAAAGAGAUAGAUACAGAUAGUUGUAUGUAUAUAUGUGUCUCUGUCUGUAUACAUGACUACAAAAGCCUAACCAGUCAUCAAUACAAAGGACACUAGUAGCCACCCCACCACACCUGCUCACCCACAUUACUACUUUUUCUCUCUCUAAAUAUAUACCACUGCUUUCUCUCUCUACAACUUCACUACUUUCUCUCUCAAGAUAAGAUAUUUGGGGGGAGAGAGAUAAUUAGAGUGGGUUUGGAUUCUGGUGUUUGUAGAAGCAAGGUAUGAAAGCUGGGUAUGGAGGUGGAUGAAAUUCAAAGACAGGUGUGUAAAUUUCAAAGGGUUUCUUCUAAUGGUAGUACUACAACAACUGAUAAUUCUUCAAAUCCUCAAAAGAUAGCUACUCAUAAAGGGAAUUUGGAGUUGCAGAAUCAUGUUGAUGAUGGUGGUGGAGGAAUUGAUGUUGUUGUAGGCGUCGGCGGCGUUGGCGGUGGUGGUGGUGGUGGUGUUGCGAGGCUAUGUGGAUGGCCGUCGUCUCGAAUUGUUAGGGUUUCUCGGGCGUCGGGAGGGAAGGAUAGACACAGUAAGGUUUUGACAUCGAAAGGAUUGAGAGAUCGUCGUGUUCGUUUGUCUGUAAGUACCGCUAUCCAGUUUUAUGAUUUACAAGAUCGAUUAGGGUGUGAUCAGCCGAGCAAGGCGGUGGAGUGGUUGCUCAAGGCGGCGUCUACUUCCAUUGAUGAGCUUCCUUCUCUUGACCCGUCGUUUCCCGGUGUCAUCUCCCACAACCACCACCACCAGCAACAGCUGAGUGAAGAGAAGAAAUCGACAGAAAACAGUACCGAUUUCGAAGAUCCAAAUUAUCAACAACAAAAUAGUAAUAAUAACAAUGUUUCUCAGGCGAAAUCGCCGGCGUGUAGUAGUACAUCUGAAACAAGUAAGGGGUCGGGGCUUUCGUUAUCUCGAUCGGAGAAUCGGGUCAAAGCUCGAGAACGGGCGAGGGAAAUGGCUUCGAAGAAGGAGAAGGAUAAGGAAACUGAUUCCACUAGGGUUGCUGUUCUGAAUCAGGUGAAUAAUAUUUCGGAAAACUCAUCUUUCACGGAUCUCCUCACCGGCGGCAUUAACAGCACCACCGUCCGUCGUCAAAAUCCCACGGCGAGUCCCGAGUCAAGAGCCCACUGGACAACUCCUAUGGAUUAUUUCUUCAGCCGCCCUCCACCGCCUUCAAGUCAGCUAAUCCAAAUGCCACAAUUCAACAUCACCGCCGGAGAUAACCACCACCACCACAACAACCAACAACACCAUUUCUCCUUCCUUCAAGACAGUUUCGUACCGGCGGUGACAACGGCUGGUAGCAGCGGCGGCGGCGGGGGAGAAAGUUACAACUUAAACUUCUCAAUGACAUCAUCAUCCGGUGGCGCCGCCCUUGCUCCGGGUUUCAGUAGGGGGACCCUUCAGUCCAAUUUACCAUCCUCUCUUUUGCCUCAUCAUCACCACAUCCAGAGGUUCCAAUCGUCUUCCAUAGAUGGAUCAACACCCACAAAUCUUCCGUUCUUCAUCGUUCCAAACGCCGCCUCCGACCAUUUUCCGGCAACAGGCAGUUACGACUCCCAGGGUUUGCACCUAAGCUACGGCGGCGGAGGAGAUGGUGUAGGACGGAAUUCUGAUCAUCACAAAGAAAAAGCGAAGAACUGAGGUUGCAUCAAUGGCUUCUUUCCCCAUCUCAUUCUCUGCGAUGGAAGUGUGGGUGUAAUCCAUAUGCGUGAGGUCUCGGGUUUGAGCCCAGCCACCGCCCCCUUUGCCUAUGGGAUGCAUGUGCCAUCUACCUCCCUCAUGAUGACCGUGAACUUGUAGGUGAAUACCUUUUUUACUUUAAUGCUAAUAAUCUUGUUGCCAAACAUUUGCAUUAUAAUUCUGUUAACUUACCUUACAGUAAGUUAUCUUAAAUUAAUGGAUAAUCAUUAGCAUGGAUGUUGAUCUUCUUGAGUCUUGACUUUUCAGUUUUGAAACUUUUACAAUCUAGGACCACAUUUAGUUUAUUUGACUGUUCUUUUAAGAUUGUAAGGCAUAACACACCAUAAAGUUUACGUAUCAAGUAAUCAUAAUGCUAAGAGCAACUUCAAUUUUUUGAUUUUUUUCUGUCACAUCAUUGUCAACUCACCAAAUUAAAAGCCUUCCUAAAAUCUCACAAUAGAGUUCUUUUUUUAUGGGUUCCAUUCCAUGUACUUUUUUCACCAUUAAUAUUUAUUAUAUUUUUUCAAAUCAAUUAAAUAACUAAUAAAAUAAUAUUUCACACAAAAUUCAAGGUAAGAACUUAAGUUUUUAUACAAGAACUCCAAAAGUAUGGGUAACUUGUAAGAAUUCUCCACAAUGGCAGUGAUCUAUAAGAACUAUACUUUUUGCUUAAAAGAACUUGUAAGUGGAGAUGCUCUAAUGUGACCUAUUUUGAUGAUGUUAGCAACAUAUAGAUAUAGUAUCUUGUGUGGUUGCUUGGAAGAGGAGGGUUUAGUGCUUUAGUUUUAAACUUGUGAGAAUAUGUAGAACUCCAUAAAAUUUACUCUUCAAAAAAGCAUUGAGAUCUAAUAUAUCUUAAGGAGAAAUGGCCAAAGUUUAAUCGAGGUGGGACUCAAACAAAACCAUAUCAGGAGCAAGAUGUAUUUCAUAUUGAGUUGUAGAGGUCUUGUUCUGUCAUUCUUCUACACCAGUCAUGAUGUUGGACUGUCAUUUGUAUUGUUGUCCUUAAAACCAAAAUAUGGGCCCUUACCACAUUAUCUGCCUCUUUUAUGAUUCUAACUCAACCUACCAACUCCCCUGUUAAUGGAAAAGUUUUAUUACAACUUUCUUGGUUAUAAAUCAGGGAAUUCUUUAAAUUCCAACUCCCACAAAAAUUCUAGAGAAUAAACGAAUUUAUAUUUAGAAUAUUUUGAAGUGUGGACGUUUCCUGAAGGUUGUAAACACAAAUAAAGCUUUCCAUGAGGAUUUUGUAGGAGUCAUUUGGUAAAUUGGAGUAUACAUGACAAAAAGUGGUGUUAAGUUCAAAUACAGUGUUUGGUUAUUAAGUUUUCACUUGUUGACAGAAAGUGGUGUUAAGUUCAAAUAUAGUGGUUUGGUUAUUAAUUUUUCCCUUGUUGGAUGUGGUUUGAUGUUGUUAAGCCUUGAAUGGUAAAUGAGGCUGAUCAUAAUGCUCAGCUCUGCUGAUGUUAGUACAAUUGCAGAAUACUGGUAUUUGAGGGAUAGUCAUAGUAGAAGCAGACACUAAAUGAACUUUCAGACUAAUCAAAUUACGAAACAGUAAAUAACGUUGAAAAGAAAAGAUGACGACACAUUUUGUCGUAUCCAUUUUUCUUGAAAGACCUGGUAAACCACACCUUAGCUUGAAAAUGGUCAUUGACACCGACACAAUUCACUUUCAAAUUUGAAAGUAGGAGGUAUGGAAUAUCCCCUACAAUGCAUAAACUUGUUGCAUCCAUUCCAUUUUUGUUUUCAUUUGAUGGAUUUGGCUUCAAAUAGUUGUAACUGAAAUUCU